CGUGCCGGGGGGCCCACUUGAGGCCGCUCACAUUUCAGGGGAGAAAAAUUAGGAUUUAAUUUUUCCCCUCUCUUCCUCCGCCGCUUCUCUUUUCUUCCCUUUUCAAUUUCCCUCUUUCCCCCCUAGAUCCCGGUGGCCGGUGGGAGCAGAGGCGGCACUGAGCUGGCGAGCAACGGCGGAGCACGCAGGAGCGAGGUCAGCGCGUGGCAGCUCGUGGGGUGUGGUGGUGGCCGCUUACAUGGUGGUCCGCGGAGAAGCGAUUUGGCGAUCGACGCAGUUGGGCCCGACGGCGGCGGAUCCCGCGCCGGUCGCCGCAGAUCUCGCGCGACGCGGCAUGAGCCCGUCCAGGAGGCUGUAGGCGGCGGUGGGUUGAGGCCGCACCUGGCCCCGCGCGGCGGUAGCGGCUGCCGGCGACAUCGUCCGUCCGUGAGGCGGGGCCACGCGGAGGCGGGGUGGCGAAUGCGGCGCGGAGCCGCGGUUGCUGAGGCCCCGGAGGAGGAGGCUUGCCAUGCAUCUGCCUGACAGCAACUUGGCGGAGGCUAGCGGCGAGGGAGAGCUGCGGCAUCUGUCCUGCCGGAUCCGGCCUUCACAUCGCCCGAUUCAGCCUCCGUACGUGCUCCGCGGGAGCAUAGUUGGACAACGCGCAAGUUGUCGUGCGGGUAGCCUGGUGGAGCACGAGCCCAACUGCAGUGGAUCUCAGCUCAGCCAUGCGGUGGCUGGGAUUCUCGAACGCUCCGCCAUCGCGGUCUGGAGGAGGGGCGUUGGCUUGGAGAGCAGCAGGCGGAAGCAAAAGCCUGGGAUAUAUUUUUUGGAAUGUGGAUAAAAGGAUGUCGAGUACGCUUAUAGGAUCUGGCAUGGAUGAAAGUGAUGAGUCCGAGAGUGCUUCAACAAGUAACAAAGGACAAUACUUCUUCGUGUGGUACAAACGCAAACUUGAAACGACUGGCGAUGCCACACAUACCAAGGAUCGAGCAAGAGAAAAAGAAGAUCUCUACCUUGUGAUUCACGAUUCAUUUUUCUUUUAUUAGAUGGAGAUGUUAUACUUUGUUUUUGUACUUAUUUUAAAAAAUACUAGAAACCUGAUGCGCCUUUGGCGCGCCCGUAGGACCUGUGAUUUUGUUGGCGCCAUUGCAGAGCAUAUGUGCUAUUCCCACUAUUAUGACAUAAUGAAUUGAUUGUUGCACACCAUUUUAGAUUGGUGUAAUACAUAAUCAUGUCCAUAGCUUUACUUUCUUCA